UGCACGCGCUCCCCUCUCGUCCUCCGUCGAUAUCAAGCGUUCCUCUGCCUUCCUUAUUAUUUAUUUAUGAGUAGCCUAACUUAGAAAAAGAAACAGAGAGACAGCAACCGGAUUGCAAUACCAGCGUAAUGCAGGAAAACAACAAGUCCAAAGGGGGAACGAAAAAAAGAGGGGAAAAGAGAGAAAGAUGCGUUUUUCUGACGUGCGGACGUUUCUCCUAUCUUUCUUUCCUCUAGAAUAUAUACAGCGUGUCUUUUCUUUCUUUGUUUCAACUUAAAGAGAGAAAACAACAACAACAACAACAACAACAACAGCUGGACUUCAGUAUUAAAAGCAAAACAACUCCAAGACAAGAAAGCACGAGCCACAAGUAAGAAAAAUAAAUUAAGGCGCGAUGCUUUCUCCUCUCCUCUUCUCUCCACGCUUUUCUUUCGGAGCAACACAAUGGAUUAUUUUUCUCUACUUGGUCGAUGGAUGUGCAACUACUUUAUACCCAAGAGACUUCUCCCAUCUCCCUUUUUCACCGGGAGAUUUCUCCCGCUGUUGGUCUUCCUCCAUGGCUUCGUCCUCCAUCCCGACCCGUGCCUCUCCCACCCCCAGCCAUGUCACAUCCUGGCUCGGAUCGGACACACAGUUCGUCUCGGUGCUCUGCUUCCCACCGGACAACCAGCCAGGCUACAGAACGCUCUGAACAGAGCCUUGACCAGCCUGAAGCACCGGACUGGAGACGGCAACCCGCCUCUUCUGCCCUACAACCUCACCCUGGAGGUGGUGUCUCGGUCCCCGUCUGGAGGCGACCCUCUCUCCCUGUCCAGGUGUGUGUGUCAGGAGCUGGUGGUCCAAGGGGUGACAGGUGUCCUGGCAUUCCCUCGUUCACCAGAGGAGCUCAUCCACAUCGACUUCCUGUCCUCCUUCCUGGAAAUACCUUUUAUAUCACUACUGGAGGACCUAGAACCACUCCGAGUUAAGAACCAGUUCCAUCUCCAGAUGUCAGUUCGUGUUCCACCCUCUCGCCUGGCCAACCUUCUGCUCUCUGUUCUCCAGGGAGUAGAGAGGGAGACAGAGGGUGAAGAGAGA